CGGCGGCGGGAGCGGCGCGGUGGGGGGGCGGGGCGCGGCGGCAGGGGGGAGGCGGCGGCGGCGGUGGUGGCGCGUGCCAUGCGCGCGGGGGGGCGGGCCCGGCGGCGUUAACCCCUGGGCGACCGGCGGCUGCGGCGGCGACCCCCGGGGCCUCGGCCCCCGCGCCAUGGCCCGGGCGGCCUGAGGGGAGCGGGGCGGUGUGGCGCGGCCCCAUGCAGCGCGGGUAGCGCCCGUCCCAGAGGCAGCGGAGCCAAGCGCCAUGGCCGACGCGGCGCCCCCCGAGCCGGGGCCCGAACCGGAGCCGGAGCCCCGCGGCGAGCCGGAGCCCCAGCCUCAAGCGGAGGCCGAGCGCGGCGAGGCGGCGGCGGACGGCGAGGCCGGGCGGCUGCCGCCCCCCGGCGCGGAGGAGGCGGAGGGCGCGGGCGGCGCCGAGGGGCGGCCGGCGGGGACGAGGACGGGCGGAGCGGCGCGUCCCGGCCUGGGCCCGCGGUACCGGCCGUCGGUGGGUCGCACCGAGGAGUGGCCGGUGAAGAAGAAGCACCGGCGGCGGCCGUCGAAGAAGAAGCGGCGCUGGAAGCCGUACUCGAAGCUGAGCUGGGAGGAGAAGCAGCAGUUCGACGAGCGGCAGAGCCUCCGCGCCUCCCGGCUGCGCGCCGAGAUGUUCGCCAAGGGGCAGCCGGUGGCUCCCUACAACACCACCCAGUUCCUCAUGGAGGACCACGACCAGGAGGAGCCCGACCUGAAAACCGGGCUGUACCCGCGGCGGGCGGCCGCCAAGUCGGACGACACGAGCGAGGAGGAUUUCCUGGAGGAGGCGGCGGAGGAGGACGGGGGCAGCGACGGGAUGGGGGGGGACGGCAGCGAGUUUCUGCAGAGGGACUUCUCGGAGACCUACGAGCGGUACCAUGUGGAGAGCCUGCAGAACAUGAGCAAGCAGGAGCUGGUGAAGGAGUACCUGGAGCUGGAGAAGUGCCUCUCCCGCAUGGAGGAGGAGAACAACCGGCUGAGGAUGGAGAGCAAGAAGCACGGCGGGGAAGCGGCGGAGACGGCGCGGGUGCGGCAGCUGGAGCUGGAGGUGGACAGGUUGCGAGCCGAGAACCUGCAGCUGCUGCGGGAGAAGGACCUGCCCGGGCAGGAGAAAAGCCCCUGCAAGCUGGGGGAGUGACACUGGGGCGGGGGGGGGGCGCGGGGGGGGCUUUUUACAGUGGUGGGGGUGGAUCGGGGGGUACCUUGUACAGAGACGCCGCCGGCCCUUUUUAACGGGAGCGAAGGGGAGCGGGGGCUUGGGGCGCUGCCCGGGCCCCCCCCCCCCUCCGCGGGGGGCUGUUUUGGGGCGGGGGGGUGGGGGGGUGUUGAUGUAUUGGUGAGAUUUGGUUUAUGAUUUUUUUUUUUUGUGUCUAAACAAAAAAAAAGCCAAAAAAAAAUUCCCCAGGAAAGCUGUAAAUUGGCCAAAACUGACUAUAAAAAAAAAAAGUAUAGAGGUCUAAUAAAUCUAAUUACUUGUAACUGUAA